AUGGCUUUAACCAAUUCGAGACCCUUGCAGAUCCCUGCACUUGAAAACGAAACCCUCCACAAUUCUGCAUCCCCUAUAUUUCAGCCAAGCUCACUUAGUAGCUCAUCGCAGACUGCAUCAUCAGAGAACUUGGCAGAACGAAGCAACUCGAGUGUGACUUCGGACUCCAGUAACGAAAUUAACACUUCGGAAACUCCUAUCAUUCGCAAAGACCUCGCAGCGCUGAAACGGUCUAAUACGUCGUCACCAGUUCCGUCUUCAGGCGGUGUUUCUGAACUAUCCAUCACAGUUCCCGUUACGGGACAACGUCCAAAACCCAUUAAGAAGGACCUGUCCAUGGACGAUGACAUUUUGCUGGCAAUAUUCGUUAUACUCUACGAAAAAGAUGCACAGCAGAAAGGUGUAACCGUGAAACAGCUCUGCGAUUACGUGGCCGAGAAACAUCCCGAUAUGGCGGGCGCUUCCACUAAGCUGUCGAACUUGAUAUCGGCCAAACUCAAUGCCUACGUGAAAAAGGUCGAAAAGGGCGAAAAGACCUUGAAGUAUGCUCUUUCGCGUCAGUGGUCUGAGGGUUCACCUCGAAGGAUGGUCUACGUUUACCGCGGGGUGUUGGCGUCGGAUUAUAAGGCGCAUACGCAAUCCAUGAUGCUUCAAAGACAAGAUUCGAAAUCGAAAAGCGGAAAGCCAAGCGGAGUCAGCAAAAAGGGCUCAGGGUCCUCACAGACUAGCAACGAUUCUAAUGGAGAGGCCACGGGAGCUGAGACCAAGAACGGCAACCAGGGCAGUCGUGCGUUUGCGGUCAACAAUACGUUCAGCAUAAGCUCAUUUGCGAGUGAUUUCAACAUCCCUUACGCUUCAUCUCCUGUGACAAUGAGACUUAUCCCGCAUUCAACCGAAAGCAGUAAUAACGAGGUCAGCUCCAGCGAUUCUUCCAGGGCGGACGUAAGAGCCAGACCUAGUUUCAGCGAGCCUGUCAAUAAAAGACCCAGGAUUUCGUCUUCUGCAGAAGCACCUCCGUUUGCUGCUGUCCCGUACGUUACAGCUGCGGCAGCUGCUCCCAGGCUCAGCAAGCUGAGUGUGAAGCGGAAUGCUGGACUUUCAGAACCUGCCAAUACAACAGGCGCAUCGUCCAGUAAUAAAAAACUCGCAGUGACGCAAAAAUCGGUCGAUACCGAUCAAUUUCUUUCCACCAGCUUCCUGGAACCAUUCUCUCCUAGCUUGGCCUGUAGUUCCUGGUUACAAACCAUACGGUCAGGAUUUCUUCUAGAAGAAAUUGACUCACCAGAGGCCAUUUCCGUGGAAGAAUUCGAUGGACUUUUCAAUUGA